GACGCGUUAGCCACGUAGGAUCGAGUCAAGGCCCCACGUCUAAACUCUCUCUCUCAGAUCCACCCCCGCCUGGCCGAACCUCCUCCGCUCACCGCCGGCCGUUGGCCCCAGCUACUCCCAUCGUCGCCCCGCGUCCGGCCUCCGCGGUCCUAAGCAACCCUCCGAGCCUGCGGCCGCCACGCAUCCUUGCUCCUUAGCCGGGGGAUCCUCACCCUAACCCCUAGCCAGCCGGUCACCGUCGCCGGGGAAGAGUAACCGCGGUCGGAGUUGGUAGCGCUACCGCGGGCAGCUCCCUCCUGUCUCUCAGGUUCCCUUAAUCUCUUCAUCAAAUCCAAGCCUUUCUCCUGCAUUUGAUUCUCCUCACCUGUGCGAUUUCGGCCUCUAUCACCUCCCCCAUCCCGCGCAUUCGUCCUAGGGCAUCUUUCUUGAAAUACAGCAAAGGCUCCCCCAAGUACUCAAUAAAAUGGAUAAGAAGAAAGGGGUCGAUGACACUGAACCUGGACCAGCUCCUUCUCGGCCCGUGGAUAGAUUUGGUUUUAUCAAGACGGAACAUAGUAACUCCCCUGAGGGAAUUCUGAAAAGCAGAUCCACACAUGAACAUGAAAGGGAGGAAAGGAGGAUAAGAAAAUGGAGGAAGAUGAUCGGAGUUGGUGGUAGUGACUGGAAGCAUUAUGUUAGAAGGAAACCUCAUGUGGUUAAAAGAAGAAUAAGGAAAGGAAUUCCUGAUUGUCUUAGAGGACUUGUUUGGCAGUUGAUUUCAGGUAGCAGGGACCUCUUGCUGAUGAACCCUGGAGUUUAUGAGACCCUGGUCAUAUACGAGACAUCAUCAUCAGAACUGGAAAUAAUUCGCGACAUAUCACGUACAUUUCCAUCUCAUAUUUUCUUCCAACAGAGACAUGGCCCAGGUCAAAGAUCGUUGUAUAAUGUUUUAAAAGCAUACUCUGUUUAUGAUAGGGACGUCGGAUAUGUGCAGGGAAUGGGAUUUAUAGCCGGCUUGCUGCUUCUUUAUAUGAGUGAGGAGGAUGCAUUUUGGUUAAUAGUUGCUUUGCUGAAGGGAGCUGUCCAUUCACCAAUGGAAGGCUUGUAUCAGGCUGGUCUACCUCUUGUGCAGCAAUAUCUGUGUCAAUUUGAGAAAUUAGUUACAGAGCACAUGCCAAAAUUGGGACAACAUUUUCAGGAUGAAAUGAUAAAUCCAAGCAUGUAUGCAAGUCAAUGGUUCAUCACAGUUUUCUCGUAUUCCUUCCCGUUUCAUCUAACUCUCAGAGUUUGGGAUGUCUUCCUUUAUGAGGGUAUUAAGGUUGUGUUUCAAGUUGGAUUGGCUCUAUUGAGAUUCUGCCAUGAUGACCUGGUCAAUUUGCCUUUCGAGCAACUUCUACAUUCCUUGAGAAAUUUUCCAGAGGAGGCAACUGAUCCAGAUACAUUGUUACCGCUUGCCUUCUCAUUUAAGGUGUCCAGUCGCCUCGUGGAGCUUGAUAAAGAGUACCGGAAAAAAUUGGAGGGACCCAGUGCAAGCUCGAGUAGUAAGCGGUUUCAGCCUCUCAAAUCAAGAGUGAUGAGCAGGGCGAGCAGCCAUGUCUCGUCUAGCCCUAAUGUUAGUAAAAAAUAACAGACAGGUCUUGGGCUAUAAAAAUGGGUCAUCUUGUUUCGCAUGUACAUUGUAUGUUCUUUGUUUUCAUUUCCUUUAACAAUAUACCAUGCUUCCCCCACAAUGUCAGUUUCAUGAAUUUCCCCUAGUCAGCCAAUUGACAGUUCUCCAUGUUGCACCUUGCUCUCAAUGCCGCAAAACUGUAAAUGCAAAGAUAUUCUCCAUGCUGCACCUCGUUCUCAAUGCCACAAAACUGUAAUGUACAAUGUAUAUUCUCCGUGUUGAUCAAUAUGAUGGAAUAAUUCUUCAAUGGUAA